AUGGCACCUCCAUACUCCAGUUCCCAGGCCGCCUUGACCGGCUAUACUCCCUCAUUCCUGUCGCUACAGGACCAGAACGCUCCUCUCUCCGCCUACUCCAUCCUAGGAUCCGGUCAAUAUCCCGAUAGUGUCGCAUACUGGCACAAUCCAUCCGCGCAACCCCAGCCGCCGCUACCUCCCGCCGCCGUCGCCGCCUCCUAUCCGUCCGUGCCCCCGAAGGCCCAGUCGCUCCUCCAGCCCACCUCCGAUCAGAAGAAGCAUAAGCGUACUCGCAGUGGCUGUUUCACCUGUCGAUCCCGUCGCAUCAAGUGCGACGAAGCACGUCCCGUCUGCGACAGAUGUCGGAAGGGCAACCGCGACUGCGUCUAUCCGUCAGCCACAGGUGCAUCCAAGUCAGGAACCCGUAGCGUGUCCAAGCCCAGAGGAUCACUGUUGCGUGGAAAUGAGUCUUCCGCUCACCCGGGAUCCGAGGACUUCCGCGUCUUGGAGCCCAUCGCCGACGAGGAUGAGGAUGGAACUAGUGUCGUGUCAAGUACCCGACUGUCCCCAACAGCCGCACCCACAUGGUCUAAACCCAACCUCCCCAGACGACAAAGUGGUCAGUCUUUGAAGCAGCAGGGUGGGAGGCAUGUUGUUGCGACCGACUUGGGUGGUGCACGGAUUGAGAAUAGUAACUCGCCGUCCCCGUCCUCGGAUACGUCAUCUAGAUACGACUCGCUAAGCGCUCGGUCGGCCAGUGUCGGUGUCACCCUGCCCGAACCAUAUGGAUCCACUCUGCCCAGUAUAGCACAUCUGCCGGACGACCUGCGAUUUUAUCUCAACUACCACCAAGAAUUCAUCACGUACCGUCAUUAUUUCUUAAAACCGGUCAAUGACCGGUUUGUCCAUCAAAGUAUCAUUGAGCUGGCGUUGCAGUAUGAUCCCCUGCUGUAUGCCGUGGUGGGCUUUUCUGCAUAUCAUCAUUGUGUUCAAAACAACAGUGGGAAACUAUACACCUUUUUGAAAUAUUACAACUUCGCGUUGAAGCUCCUGCGCAAGUCCUUGGGCUCGGGUGAGCCGCAUAAUGAGGCGACUCUGAUCACGGUGCUUGUCCUCACCACAUUCGAGGAAUCCGUCGGGGACUGGGUCAACCUCAUUGGCCACCAUCAGGCUGCUCACGCCUUGGUGCGGGAGAUCCUAACGCCGGAGUCUGCCAACCUGAACGAGCUACAUGGCAACAUCUUCGUUUGGUACGCCCGAUUCGACGUGGUAGCAGGGAUUUUGGCCGGAAAUGAGACGAUCCUAAGUCGUGAUUGGUAUGUUGCAAAAGAGGAGUAUGAUGCUCAGGAAGCCGCCCGCCAUCCAAACGAUGCAACGAAGCAACUGGCGCUGGCGAAUUCGAUCAACCGCCGGUUUGGCCUGGAAAUGGCGUCAUUAUAUGCGAAGUUGUCGCGCGGUUUGAUUCCAGUUAAUGAGUUCAUUAUCCAGAACGAGUUGUUGGGGCAGACCUUGGAAAGGGUACGAACCAUCCUAGAAUCGUUCAACGACUCUGAUUACACCGUGCGGGAGUAUCCUAAUCAGGUUCCCUUGACCCCGGACGACGUCGUGGAUCCGUAUGUUCCCGGGGGAAUGCACCACGGGCCCCUGUGGGAAGUCAACAUGACGUGGGUUGACUAUUACUCCACCAAGGCCAUGUACAAGUAUCAGUCACUUCUUUCGGUCAGGCAAUCAUCGGUGGAAGAGUUACAAUCCCUCUCGGUGGAGCUGGUCCGGCUAAUGGAGGCGGUUGAUCGAUGGCCCAUGAAGGAAAGCGGAUGCAUCCUGGCGUUCAAGAACAGCAUCGGAAUGGCCGCCAUGUUCUGUCCUCGCGAUGAACGGUACAUUAUGUGGGCGCGGAGGAAGUUCGCUCAGCUGGAGCAAAGCGGGUGA